AUGGCAUCGGCACCGACGCCGACGCCAAAAUUUAAAAUUGACCCUCCGCUACUAAACGCAGCAAGCCCUUGGUCAACAACACUCGAGGACAUCAAAACGCUCUACGACACACCGUACACAGGGGCAGUAACAAUCCGGACCAGUCUACUGGAAGGCUUCAGCCACGACGAUGCGGUGCAUCAACACGUCUUCUUCUCAUCCGCGAAGACGACCAUCCCCACGGGCACAAAGCUAGGGGACGAGAGCGCCAAAGCAGAAGAAUCACCCUCAGCCACAGCACUCAGCACCCUAAACACACAAGGCUACUCACCACUAACCCUCUCCGAAUACCUAGGCAUCAUCAACGAAAUCGUGGGGCAGCGCCACCUUGGAACAGACACACCCACCAAGAAACCAUUCAUUCUGUCCGUGACUGGCACACCCGACGAGAUCGCGAUGGCGUACGCGCUGAUCGCGAACGCGGCGGAGAUGGACGAGGACCUGCGGCUCGCCAUGGAGGUGAACCUGUCGUGUCCGAACAUCGCGGGCGCGCCGCCGCCGGCGUACGACGCGGCGCAGCUGGCCGAGUACCUCGAGGCCAUCGGCGACAGCAAGAGCACGUACCGCGGGCGCAUGGCGACGCCGGAGUCGGAGCCACGCGUCGGGAUCAAGCUGCCGCCGUAUACGUACGCGGGCCAGUUCGCCAUGGUGGUCGAUGCGCUGCGCGCGGCACGGUCGAGUGAGCCGGGCGAAGGCAGCGUGAUUGAUUUCGUCACAGCCACGAACACGCUGGGGUCGUCGCUGCUGCUUGAUUCUGAGAAUAAGCCGGUUCUAAACAGUGAGGCCGGUACGGGCAUCGGUGGCCUCGCCGGCGCCGCGCUGCAUCCUUUGGCUCUGGGGAAUGUCGCGCAAUUGAAGACGCUUUUGGAUGCGCAUCCGGAGACGAAGGGUGUCGUCAUCAUUGGGGUGGGCGGUGUCGAGGAUAACGCAGGCUAUGAGCGGAUGAGGAAGGUGGGCGCCGUUGCGGUCGGUGUCGCUAGUGCGCUGGGGAGGUAUGGAGUGGGCAUCUUUGAGAAGAUCACGAAAGAAGCGUAA